AUGGAAGAAUACAAGCUACAGUCUAUUCCCAAAGAAUCAAAUCACCUUCUAUCUGACAUCAAAAAUUUUAUAAAGAUAGACUCUAAUGCUUCGUUUAUUGCUGGAGGUAUUGCCGGUGCCGUUUCCAGGACGGUGGUAUCACCCUUUGAAAGAGCAAAAAUAUUGUUGCAACUACAAGGACCAGGAUCGCAACAAGCAUACCAAGGAAUGUUUCCCACAAUACUAAAAAUGUACCGAGAAGAAGGUUGGAAGGGAUUAUUCCGAGGAAAUUUAUUAAACUGUGUUAGAAUAUUCCCCUACAGUGCUGUCCAAUUUGCAACUUUUGAGAAAUGUAAGGACCUUAUGUUGCAUUACAACCCUCGAGACACACAACAACUAAAUGGGUACGAAAGAUUAAUAGCUGGCUCUGUUGGUGGGAUAGUGUCUGUUGCUGUAACAUACCCGUUGGAUUUAGUCAGAGCUCGUAUCACUGUCCAAACCGCAUCACUUAGCAAGUUAAACAAAGGUAAGAUGGUUCGAGCACCUAAAGUAAUGGAAACUUUAAAGGAUGUUUACAAAAAUGAAGGUGGGUUCUUAGGGCUAUACCGAGGAAUAAUACCAACAACUUUGGGAGUGGCUCCUUAUGUAGCUAUCAAUUUUGCCCUUUAUGAAAAAUUAAGGGAAAUGAUGGAUAAUUCGCCCCGUGACUUCUCAAAUCCUAUAUGGAAAUUAUCAGCUGGUGCUGUUAGUAGUUUUAUUGGAGGAGUAUUAAUCUAUCCUUUAGACUUAUUAAGAAAAAGAUACCAGGUAGCAAGUAUGGCAGGCGGGGAACUCGGAUUUCAAUACAGAUCGGUUGCGCACGCUUUGCAUUCAAUCUUCACCACCGAGGGUUUCUUUGGAGCUUAUAAAGGGUUAACAGCAAAUCUAUACAAGAUUGUCCCUUCAAUGGCUGUUAGUUGGCUAUGCUAUGAUACAUUAAAGGAUUGGAUAAAUAGAUGGUAG